AUGCCUAGACAACGUGGCGGUUCUGGCCCGCGCCGAUCUUCCUCUGGUGGUGGCUUCUUUGGGGGAUCCCGUUCUGCUGCGCCAGCCCCCGUUGCUGCUCCCCCAAGCCCUCCCCCCAUGACUGGGGGAAGCGGCGGCGGUGGCGGGUUUGUGGCCAACAUGGUCGGGAACGUUGCGAGUGGAAUGGCGUCGGGGGUGGGUUUUGGCGUAGCGCAACGAGCUGUGGACGCAGUUAUGGGGCCGCGUUCUAUGGAGGUUGUGCAUACGAACAACAACGCACCCGUCACCACUGCACAGCCGCAAAUGUUGCAGCAGGGCUUGCAGCAAAACCCUUGUGCAGCGUAUCAGGAGGAGCUUAACCAAUGCAUGGCUCGCCACACCGACAUCACGCUGUGCCAGAACUACUUGGACAAUCUGAAGGCGUGCCAGAUGACCAUGAACAGGAGCUAA